UCCCCCAGCCCAGGCCCCUCCAGCCCCCGCCCAGCAGGGGGCACUAAGGACUGAGUGGUUCCCCCCACUGUUCCUGGCUGUUGUGAGCAGUGGGGGAAGCUUGGAAGGGGAGGGUUGCGAUGGUUCUUUACUAGACCCCUCCCUGCCCGUCGGGCGGAGCUGUCUGGCCGGCCUGGGUCCCCCCGGGAAGCAGUGCAGUCUGCCCUCUAACCAGGCCAGGCUGACAGCCCCUAGCUGGCAGAGUAUUAUGUGCCUGCCUUGUCGACCUGUUUUCCCUGCAGCUGCCUCGGAGGGACGGAGCAGAACAGAUAAAGCUGAGGUGUGUUAAAGAGGGGUAGUGGAGACCGGGAGGGGAGGGAGAGCAGCCGCUGCACUUUCCCCUGGUCACAGCACAGAUACCACGGGGCACCCAAGGGAACUGACAGUCAGCAAAAGGGAAUGUUUUAGAGAAUGCACAUGCAGUCUGUGGAACUCACUGCCACUAGAUUAAGAGCUGGGUAGGGUUAAAAAAGAAUCCGAUUUUUCUAUGGAGAAUGAGAACAGUACAAAGAAGAAACCUGGCUGCCUCCUGCAGGGCAGGGGCCAAUCCCAGCUGCUGUACCCAGGGCUGUGGGAUGGCCUGUCAGGGCAGGCUCCUGUGCCCCCCCUAGAGGCAGUCAGUGCUCCAGGACACGGGGCUGCUCCAGGCUAGCAAUCUCGCUGCCGUCACUGCUGCUCCUCUGGCCUGGCUGCGGGGCUGUGGGAAUGGCUCUGAAUGUGGCCCCUGCCGCAGCUCCUGGCCCCUGCUGGGUGCCCUCAGGAGCAGUCUCCUGAGCAUCUCUGGUUGCUAUGGGGCCAGUGUCAUUACACAGUGCGGCACUGGGGCUGUGGAACUGCCCUGGCCUCCCCCAGGGCUAAUUAUGCAAGGAGGGGGUGGGGCAGAGGGGUGCCUGCAGCUGCCUCUGAUGGUGCUGAGCACAGCUCUCUGCCCAUGGGGCACGCAGGAGGCUGCGCUCUGCCUUAUUUGUCUGUGUUCCUGGCACACAGCAGGGCUGGCUCCUGGCCUCAGUGCCCCGGAACAGCCAGUGGCAAGGCCUUCCCCGCAGCAGCUGCCCCCUCCGGUUGGACCCCGUCCCUGCCAAGCCAGGCCCCACGCACUGGCAAUACACCUUGUGAGCUGCUCGCCAGAGACCCCUUGCCCCAGGGCUGUGAGCUUGGAGCACCAGGAGACCUGGCACGUACCAAACCGAAGGCCGUGAGAUGGGAGCUCAGUGAUGGGGCUGGGCAGUGGCCUUGGGGUAUGGGAUGGUCCUGGGUACAAUGCCAGGCUCAGGCUUGUGCUCCAGAGUUGGAGCUGCCCCCCUAACGAACAGCUCUAGCCCCAUGGCAUGGGAAAACCUCCCAGACGGGCCCCCGGUAACCAGGGCAGGAGGCCUGCCUGAGUCUGCAGAGAGCCUGACGCAGGAGGGCAGAGGAGAAUGGCGGCUCGCAGCAGCGCAGGUGGCUGGCAGACCUGGCAGGUCUCUGCUGGCAGCUGGGGGCAGGCUGCCGCCGGGGGAGGCUCGUCUGGGGCCUGCAUGGACAGGUGAAAGGGAUCCUGGCAGCUCGUGUGCAGGGCAUUCCUGGGGCUGGCUGCUCUGUGGAUGGGGCGAGCAGUGCUGAGCUGGCAGGAGGAAGGGGCUGACCCCUCCCCCCCCAUAAGUGCAGCAAUUAGCGGCUCUGGCUCCUGAGCAACCACUAAUGGAGCCCCUGGCGGGGGCCCAAGGCCCUGCUGCUGAGCGGGGGCAGGGCUGGAGAGUGCUUCUCCUGGUGGGCACUAGCUGGGCUGGUUCUCCCUCUGCCCCACUUGGCAGAGUUCUUCUGAGAGGCCAUCUUGUCGCUGCCCCUCCCCUGCUGCGCCGCCAUUCCCCAGGCCACGUGGUAACAGCUCUGCCUUUGCCCCAUGGGGGUUUAGACAAGGGGCCUCUCACCCUAGGCAAGAGCAUGGCCACCCCAUACCAGCCUCACCACCCAGAGCUGGGUACGGUUGGACUCGUGCUGGCGCAGCGAGGCACACUGCUUACUCCUCCGUGUGUCCUUCGCCACCUGCUCUCCAGCCAGAGCUGCCUUCCCCUCCUGCAUAGAGGCAGAACCCCUGUCACCCCCAGGUUUGGCUUUAUGAACAAAACCUCCCAACCAGAGAACAGCUCAGCCCGUCUGCCCAGGCUGGGCUGCUCCAGGGCUCCUCUCUCCAGCCUACUCAGCCCACACCCUAGAUCCUCUCUCCCCAGGGAGCCACUGCCCCAGCCCUGACACCCAGCAGGGUAAUGACCCUGCCUGGGGGAGUCACCAGCACCCACUUUCCUGGCUGACAAGUGGGGCUCAGGAAUGCCAGUGCCAGCCUCACAAGGGCCUGCAGCCUCCUGCCCCAUCGGGCACUGGCUCCCGGAGAGGCUCAUUAGUGAUGUGCCCGCCUCUCUGGCUCAGCUGGGUCCCAGUGGAGCUGGGCAGUAAGUGCAGAAGGCUCAUGUGGGGAGGUCUUAAUGGCUGCGUGAGGGAGAGGCGCUUGCUGGGCCCGAGAUAGAGGCGGGGGCAGGAGGGGCGGUGGUUUCUGUUUCCUCAGACUGGAGCCUGAGCUGCCUCUGCCCAAGGAGCAGACAAGAAGAUGCUGCACAGACUCCUGCUGGGUGGCCUCCUCUGCACCACACUUCCUACCAGCUUCCUCAGCACAGCCUCAGCCCAUAACCUGCACCUCUGCGAGGGAUAUCCCAGCCCUGAUGGGCGCUACCACUCCGGCUUCUACUGCCCACGCCUCACUGACCCCCCUGCACACAGGUACUGCUGCCACCACGGAGACCACGCCCUCAAAUCCUGCUGCCCCCAGCUGGCCUUUGAGAGCCUGAGGAGGGUCAAUCUAUCCAACGUGCCCACCCCAGCCAGACUCAGGAACCCACUGCCCCUGCUGGCUGUGGGGCUCUACGGCCUCCUCGUCCUCACGCUCAUGAUCCUCGACUUCCUCCACUUCUGCAGACUCAACCAGCGCCGCGUCUACAGCCUCCUGGGCAGCAGCCGCCUGGGCAAGCGCCUGGCCAGCUCCUUCCCACACCGCUGCCCACGGCCCGGCCCGGCGCGAGGAGGGACCCAGCGGCAGGAGCUGCCCACGGCCCGGCCCGGCGCGAGGAGGGACCCAGCGGCAGGAGCUGCCCACGGCCUGGCCCGGCGCGAGGAGGGACCCAGUGGCAGGAGCUGCCCAUGGCCCGGCCCGGCGCGAGGAGGGACCCAGCGGCAGGAACUGGCUGUGACCAUGGCCCGGCCCAGCCAGGACAGCAAGUGUGAAGAGCGGGCACCACAGUGACUGGGGGUGAUACUUGGGGCAGAGGGCGUGUCAGCUGUAGGUAUUACAGAGGCACCGUUAGCAGAGCCUGGCGCGCUGCCACUGCGAUAAAGCGAGCCCACGCCUCAGCCCCGCACUGUUUGGCCUGGCCUGGUCCUUAUAAAGUGCCUAAGCUGCUUGACAGGCCAAGCCCUGUCCCCGAGUGCUCUGUCUGGGAUGUGACCUCUGGAGAAAGAGGAACCCUGGGGCGUGGGUAGGGGG